CUUGCUAACGCCAUUCAUAAGGUGCGCAGGCUUGAGAAGCGCACACAACUGCUGGUCUCGUCGUACAGAUAGCAACGAGUCAAUCUCAUCUGACAGUAUGGAAGAACGUGGAAACUGGAACAAAAAAUUGGAAUUUCUGCUUGCCACGAUCGGGUACGCCGUUGGACUGGGAAAUGUGUGGCGGUUCCCUUACCUGUGUUUCCGGAGUGGGGGAGGGGCCUUUCUCAUCCCAUUCUUCAUCAUGCUGGUCUUGUGUGGAGUCCCUCUCACAUACAUGGAAAUGGCCAUCGGACAGUACACGCGGCGUGGACCCAUUGGAGCCCUGGACAAGAUGUGCCCUUUCUUUAAAGGUGCAGGUCUUGCGACAGUGGUGAUAUCAUUCCUCUUCACCACCUACUACAUCAUCAUCAUCACCUGGUCCUUCUACUACCUGUUCAGCACAUUCCAGGCGGAGUUGCCGUGGAAGGGAUGCAAUCACACCUGGAGUUCCGACAUGUGCUGGGAGGGAGACGCCAAAAAUGUAUCCGCCGCCACAGUGUUCCAUUACCUUGGUAACACAACAAAUUCCAGUUUUGACAUUGACAUGGACAUGGAAAGGACUAAUAAGACAAGAUCACCAACGGAAGAUUUUUAUUACCAGCGUGUGUUGGAGCAGUCAUCAGGCAUCAACGACCAGGGAAAGAUCCGGUGGGAGCUGGCCCUCAUCCUGCUGAUGUGCUGGACACUGGUGUACUUCUGUAUCUGGAAGGGGCCCAAGUCAACCGGCAAGGUUGUGUACUUCACGGCCACAUUCCCCUAUGUGGUGCUGGUCAUCCUGCUGGUGAGAGGGCUCACGCUGGACGGCGCCAUGGACGGCAUCCGAUUCUUCAUUGAACCAAAAUGGGAACAGCUUUUAGAUGCCAAGGUUUGGGUGAACGCUGCUGCACAGACCUUCAACUCUCUGGGCGUCGCGUUUGGCGGCCUCAUCACGAUGUCCAGUUACAGCAAGUUCAAUAACAGCAUUCUCAGAGAUGUGUUAUCUUUGGCGGUAGUCGACGCUUUUACCUGCAUUCUGGCUGGCUUCGCGAUUUUCUCCAUCUUGGGCAACUUGGCCCUGACACAGAAUAAAGACGUAGCUGAUGUGGUUCAAGAAGGUCCUGGCCUGGUGUUUGUCAUCUAUCCAGAAGCCUUCACCAGUAUGCCUGUCUCCCAGCUGUUUGCCGCACUUUUCUUCUUCAUGCUCAUCUGUCUGGGCAUUGACAGUCAGUUUGCCUCCGUGGAGGUCAUUGUUACUGCCAUCUCUGAUCACUUCGGGGAAAAGAUAAAAAAGUAUCUCCGCCGGAAGGAACUCCUGGUGCUUAUUGUGUGUUUGGUGUCUUGCCUGUGUGGCCUGCCAAAUAUAACUCAGGGAGGGAUCUAUUUUUUCCAACUGAUAGAUUACUACACAGCUGCCUUAUCACUCAUGGUGCUGGCAUUCUUUGAAGUCAUUGCUGUCACCUGGUUUUAUGGUGCCCGACGCUUGGCUCGGGACAUUGAAGAGAUGACUGGACAUCAUCCCCCUAUGUUCUUCAUCGUGUGCUGGUACUUCCUUUCUCCUCUGCUGCUGUUGGGAAUAUUGGUGUUCAGCAUGAUACAGUACAAGCCUCUCUCAAUGGCAGGGUACAAGUAUCCACAAUGGGCACAAGCCCUGGGCUGGGUCAUGGCCCUUGUGUCGAUGGUGUGUAUACCUCUGGGCAUGGUCCAUGCUGUCUACAAGGCAAAAGGAAAUAAUCUUUUACAGAAAUUCCGCAACAGUCUCCGCUCACAGAUGACAGAAGAAACAUCACCGCCGUUAUGGCAGGAAGACACUGUUGACAAACAUCCCGUCAAACUCAUAUCAAACGGCCAGCUACCAACUGAUAGCAAGGACACCAGUGUUUGAUAUGUGCUGGUCAAUAUGUGUGUUCAGGAGCAGAGUCGGAAAAACAGCACCAGCUGAUAAAGACAAAUCAGUUUGAAUCUAGAAAAGUGUUUUCAGCGUGUGCUCAGUUAAGAAUGUCACCGUUGUUUUGAGGUGGGUUAAUGCAGUAGAGGACAAUGUUCUCUCUGGUACUAGGUACUCAGUAUUUCCUUAUUACGUUAAGAGAUCUGGAUAUAUUAGAGAGCAACUACGGUCAUUCCUUUUGCAUGUACAAUGGUAGACUGUAAAAUACAACCUGUUGACAGUGUGUGUGGCGACCUGCAUGAUGUUGAGGUGGAAGAAAUAUUUCAUUGGAUCUGUCUGAAACCUAUGAUUGUGGGUUCGAAUCCCGGUUCGCCCCGAUUAUGUCUCUAGGUUUGUCAGCACCAUACCCAUGCUUGUUGGUUUCAUCAAAGUGGUAAACGUCUGAUACCUGAAUCACUUUGGGCUUUCCUCAAACAUUAAGCUGACACGCCGUGAUGUAACUGGAAUACUGUUAAAAGCGGCGUUAAACCCAACUCACUCACUCACUCUAGUAGUUAUAAGGUUCCGAAAUGGUUGAGGUUAACAUAACUCAAUUGUAGUGCAUUUACUUGAUGGACUGACUUCAAACUGACUUCAAACUGACUUCAAACUGACUUCAAACUGACCAAAUCUCCAGGCAACUAUAUAUUACCUCAAUCAAAGGGACCUGACCACUGAUUUUGGUUUCUGCCAUUUAUAUAGUACAUUUUCAAGGUAUCAAUUAAACAUAUCACAGGAUGAUAUUGCUCACAUGCUGGUUCUGUUUUGCUUCUUCUUUAAAGCCUUUAAAUUCCUGUAUAUACUGCUUACUGGUUAUGACAUGCAUUGCGUUAUUUUUAGCCUACUGUUGUGAUAUGUGUUGAGACAGAGACUGGAACUAUAAUGACUGAAUAUUGUGUUUUUAACCAAGCUUUUGUAUUUGCAUUUUAUAGUUUUUGAUGCCAGAAAUCUUCAAGGGAGAUAAGAUUCUUAGUCAUCGUUCUAUAUGGACCAGUAAUAUGUCAAGAGUAUUGCUAAGAACCUAGAGCGUCUGUGGAAAUAAAUGUUCCGUGAUUCCUUGCUACAUGACUUGCUGUGUGUAUGUAUGGGAGUCCCACAUAAUACCAAAUGACAUAUGUCAUCACCCGACAGCCAACGGAGUUGCUAUGCACAAAAUCUUCUUCACAGGGAUGGACUGGCAAAGCAGAUCAAUAUUCUGGUGCCUGUUACAACAGUAGAUCCUCAGUUAGCAGGAAUCUUAGCUCGGCACAGUAUCACAACUCAUUAGAGUUAUCUCCCUUUGAUAAGUGUUCCAGCAUGGCUGUAACAAAGUGGAAUAUUGGUUUAAAAACUCAUCCUGGAAUAACAUGGAUCAUUUUUCUCAGAGGGUGUAUGUAAAAGUACAUUGGUAUUUUAGUGUAAAAUUAGGCCAGUAUAUAAAUCUGCAUCUUUCUUGUCAUCCUGAAUAAGAUCUAAUUGUGAUACACAAUUAGAAAGUGGUUAAAUGUAAUAAAUGUUAUAUUUUAGAUAACGCUUUCUAAGUAAAGUACAAAUCCUAGUACUUGUUUGGGUUGAGUCCCAUGCGGGAAUCGAAACCCACUCUCUCAGAGUGAGGCACCUAAUCACCAGCACAUAUGAUACUGUUGUUUCAGUAAAUCUAUGCUGAAAUAACCAGUUUUGAUAGGUUCUUUCUUGGAACAAAUGGAUGAUUGGUUGAUGUAAACUUUAGAAUAACGUGUUCACCAAAGGUUGAGACGUGGGAGUUAAAUAAUGUUGUGGAUGUGUAUAUAUUCCGUUCUCUUGGAUUUCUGUUCAGCUGGCAAUGCAAGGAUCUGUGAAGACAGUGAACACACAUCAAAACAAAACUGGAGGGUUCCACAGUAAUUUUUGGUGAAAUACACCUCCAAGUUUACUGAAACAAAAACAAAAACUCCUACUAUAGGUUGCAGCUGUAUCACUCGGGGUAUAGGUAUAGGUUAGACCACGAGGACCCAGUGUCUAAUCGUUGAAAUGGUUAAUUAAACUACGAGGCGCGCAGCUUAAACCAUGUCCAACAUUUAUGGCACCUAAAAUGCGUAAAAAACUAAAAUUGUUUUGUUAAUGGUAGUUUGAAAGAUAUUCAGGAAAUCUAUGCUCAACUGUGAGAACGCUGUGUGAGUCUGCCCUGCAUGAAGCACAUGAAAUGUGUUCCCCCGACUAAAUAUUACUUGCCCAUGUUGAUGGGCCUAUUAUGAGCAAAUAUAGCCCUGAUCAAGAUAAUAGUGAUUUCUUUUCUAUCUGUUCGUUUUGUUGAAUGAAAAGCUACAAAAUCACAAGUACUGUACAAAUACUAGUAUGCAUAGAGUAACAUACUGUAUACAAAUUGCAUUAAACACAUUUUGCAGUUCAUAAAGGGAUAAGCAAUUGGUACUGAUAUAAGUAAAUAUUUAGUUGUUAAGACUACAUUCGUUAGCCUUCACUGCGGACUUCGCGGGUUCGAAUUGCACUGGCUACAACGUUUUUCAUGAAAUUGUUCUAUCAUCAAGACAAAUGAUGGGGGGAAAAAAGAAGUUCCGUCAUUGCCAAGUGGUGUUUAACUAACAAUUUAGUUAGUUAGACCACAGUCAAAGACAAAGGUGCCAUGGUUUAAGUGGUUUUAUGCUUCCCGUGUUAGGAUUUAUACUACGAGCUGGGGGCGCAUAGAACCACAUGUACCUCAAGUGGCACUGCUACAACAAAUUUAUCUUACCAUUAUUUGCCAUUGUAAAGCAAUUAAAACAAAUUCAAACUUGAAAGAAAACAGCUGUUUGAUUGAGCUGAGGUUAACUUGUGCUGUGUCACGUGCAGUUCAUUGACUCGGAAAAAGCGUACAACUUUUUGUUUCGAGGCAGGGUAUAAGAGAUCUAUUCUCCCACUCAGAAAUCCAUGUGAAGCUUGUGUUUUUAUCAAGAUCAAUCUGAUCUCAUCAUUCUGACAUGGAGGUGAUAGAAAUGAAUAUAGGGCCAGUAUAUUUUCAGAGAUUUGAACUUUUUGUGUAUCUCACUUUGAUUGAGUUUAUGUAUGUUACUUCUUGUCAUGCUCUGCUCCAUUGAAACUGUGUAGACACAGUUGUCCUUCCACCUUCUUUUGGGACAUGCCCGUUCACCAUUAUUGUACAGACAUUUGGCAAGAUUAUUGAUGCGCAAUAUGUGGUCAGUGUUGACUGAAGGUCAAGUAACAUUCAAUGUAAACUUUUAUGCUAUUUUUGUGGUUCCUCUUGAUUGAAAAAGAUCUCUUGAAUAAGUUCAUUUAUAUUACGAAUAAUAUGGCAAUCUAAACAGUCAUAAAACCAUGAAACACAGUAAUUUGUUGCAACUGUUUAUGUCAUUAAAAUAGUGGGUGACAGGUUCAUCUGUAAAACAAGGAGACAACUUUGUCAGGGCUUAGAAUUAGAAUAUCACAAGGGAGUGUUUGUUGCACAGUGGGAACCAUGCACUAGAGUUUGUCAUAGCACAUUAACUUCCUCUGUUACCUAAUUCAUGUGUAUGGCGAAAGCCUCUACACUUUCGACAUCUCUGCUGAAACCAUAAAACCCAUGCAGCUAGAACUUCCCAGGGAUCAUCCCAGCAAUGGCAUCUCCUGGCGGCCAUAUUGAAAAUGUCAUAUCUCACACCUGUCUUAUCAGCAUGUUCAGUUGUGAAACUCAUCUUGGAUAGUUGACCUUUAUGUACUGCUGUGGUUACUUUAGCAAUCAUGUGCCCUCUACGCAGCAAGUUAUCAUCAUUGUAUCUAAUAAUCUACAUGCAGGGAGGUUAUAUAUAUAUAUGAAAAUACAUCAGAAAACUUGGGUGAGCUACAGGCCUAUUUUAUGCAAUACAAUCGUUAUCAGGGGCAAUUUUGUACAGAAAGAUCUGAAUACAAAUCUUAUUUUAGAUGAUACACAUUUGGAAUUUGUAUAGACAAAUAUGUGUGGACCAUAUAUUUUUGUGGAACUGAGCAUUUAUUGCAUUUAUUUGCUGUGUGUAUCAGUGACUAUGUAGUAUGUUAGUAACAAGACACAUGCUCAGGAAGGUCAUAUUUUCAUUCGCCAUUUUAAUAAAGACAUUCUUUUUGUAUGACCUUAAUUUCUGUGUACACAUUUUACAUUAUGUACAGUCAUUUCUUUUUCAGUUUGUUCACGGAUCCACCGACUCAAACACUGAGAAAAUGAAAACAAUAAAUAAUUUUAAAUGUCAUGUUUAUGAAAUAUUGUAUCGCCACCAACCUGAAUAAAGAUAUAAGUAAAUACAAUAUAUAGACAGUUGUCUGUACCUGCUAGGGGGCCAUCUCAUGGAGACAGUUGUCUGUACCUGCUAGGGGGCCACCUGUUGGAGACAGUUGUGUGUACCUGCUAGGGGGCCACCUGUUGGAGACAGUUGUCUGUACCUGCUAGGGGGCCACCUGUUGGAGACAGUUGUCUGUACCUGCUAGGGGGCCACCUGUUGUUUUGUAAAACAUGAGGCCAGCUAUUUUGUCCUGUUCAUUCUGGAAGGAAUAAUGUAGAUUCCAGAUGUUUGUGUGAAUGUGUCCUUUAUAUCACUGCUUGUACAUUUCAUCAGCUGGUUCCUGCAAGUUUGUGCAGGAGUUGUUCUGUUUUCUAUGAAUGCUCUUUGAAUGUUUUUCCAUCACUAGGAUACAAACCAUCUGGUCAUUAAUCAUUUCAGAUUUCAAUUUCACCUUGUUACCAUGUUCUUGUUUUUAUCAUUGUUUAUUUUUUUCCAAAGUCCACUUCAAUGUGUAUCCAUUUACCUCUACAGCUAUUGUCUAAUUGGAAAAUUAUGAUUAUUCAAAAUGUCAUAUUUCAUAUUACUCAUUUAUUAUAGUAAACAUGUAGAAUAUGAGUACUAUUUUUCUAAUAAAUAACCAGAGAUUGAGAAAGAUUAUUAUCAUGUUGAUGAUUAUAUUAUAUGCAUCAUGUUUGGUGGUAUUCAUCUCCAGAUAUAUUGUUAUUAAUCUCCAAAAAUAUGAACCCUUUAAAGCAUGCAAAAAUUCUCAUGAAAUGCUCAUGAAUAUGUUCUGUCUGAAUGUGUUGUCAUCAUGAAUGAUCUCAAGAUGCUCAGUUAAAUAUCUCAACAAAUGUGGAGCAAUUAGGCAUGCAUGAGAGACACCUUUUUAAAUAUUGGAGGGGGGGGGGG